CAGCACUGCACAGUGUGAUCAGAGCCUGCCCAGCGCUCACACCGUCCACACCUCGCUCUGGAUCUCCCCGGCUCAGAGCUGGACCUGUACACCCUCCUCCUGGGAGACGGGACUUGGAGGGAACAUACCCAGGUGGUAGCCAUGCUGAAGCCAGGAGAAGCGGCAGGAUCUGCCUUCCUGAAGGUGGACCCGGUGUACCUCCAGCACUGGCAGCAGCUCUUCCCCCAGAGCCACCAUGUGAAGGCCGGAGUCCUGAGCCACGUCCCUUUCCCGGAGCCGCCUGUAGACAGCCUCCGCCUGCGCCCGGCCUCCCUGUCCUCCACUUCUUCGGCUUCUUCCACCCCUGCUCCCUCUGUCCCUGCUUCAGUGACCGGAAUCACCCCAAUCCCCUCUAUUAUGGGAGCUGCUCCAACCAUGGAAGUCCCUGGGCCACCGAGGAAAGAACUGGUGGCUACUAGCUGCCAGGAGGGGACUUCACCCAGCCGCUUACAAUGUACCCCAGAGGAGCUAGACUAUUAUCUGUAUGGACAACAGAGGAUGGAGAUCAUUCCACUCAGCAACCCCACCAGUGACCCCAACAACCGAUGUGACAUGUGUGCAGAUAAUCGGAAUGGGGAAUGCCCUAUGCAUGGGCCCUUGCAUUCUCUAAGACGUCUGGUGGGCACCAGCAGCACAGCAUCUGUAGCCCCUCCACCGGAGAUUCCUGAGUGGUUACGUGAUCUUCCACGUGAGGUGUGUCUGUGUACAAGUACUGUGCCAGGUCUGGCAUAUGGCAUCUGUGCAGCUCAAAGAAUUCAACAGGGUACAUGGAUAGGGCCCUUCCAAGGGGUUAUAGUGUCUCCAGAAAAAGUUCAAGCAGGAGCUCUGAGGAACACCCAGCACCUAUGGGAAAUAUACGACCAAGAUGGGACACUACAGCACUUUAUUGAUGGAGGAGAGCCCAGUAAGUCAAGCUGGAUGAGGUACGUCCGAUGCGCCAGGCACUGCGGGGAACAGAAUUUGACAGUAGUUCAGUACAGAUCCAGCAUUUUCUACAGAGCAUGUAUUGACAUUCCUCGGGGCACAGAACUAUUGGUGUGGUACAAUGACAGCUACACGUCGUUCUUUGGGAUUCCAUUACAAUGCAUCGCUCAGGAUGAAAACUUGAACGUUCCAUCACCUGUUAUUGAAGCCAUGUCCAGACAAGAAACUCUACAAUCCUUCAACAAAAAUGGCAAGUUGCCUUCUCCUACAUUGCAGAGGUCCAUAGUUUUUCCACAGACUCCAUGCAAUAGAAACUAUUCUCUCCUGGAUAAAUCUGGGCCACUGGAUACAGGAUAUAACCAGAUUAAUGCUAAAAACCAACGAAUUCUUGCCAGCCCAACCUCAACAAGCCAACUCAACUCAGAAUUCAGUGACUGGCAUCUAUGGAAAUGUGGACAAUGCUUUAAGACUUUUACCCAAAGGAUUCUACUACAGAUGCACGUAUGCACCCAGAAUCCAGACAGGCCUUACCAGUGUGGACACUGUUCCCAGUCCUUCUCUCAGCCAUCAGAAUUAAGGAACCAUGUUGUCACCCACUCAAGCGACCGACCCUUUAAGUGUGGUUAUUGUGGCAGAGCCUUUGCUGGAGCAACCACAUUAAACAACCACAUCCGGACACAUACAGGGGAAAAACCAUUUAAGUGCGAGAGGUGCGACAGGAGCUUCACACAAGCCACACAGCUGAGUCGACAUCAGAGGAUGCCCAAUGAGUGCAAGCCAAUAACAGAAAGCACAGAAUCAAUUGAAGUGGAUUAACUGAUUGACUGGUUGGAAUUAAACUGCAAGGAAAGUCAUGAUUAAAUGUCACGGACACUUAAGCAAAACCAAAGAUUUCCUCCGAACAACUUUCAAUCAGGCCCAGAAAACCUAAAGCAGUAAUAAAAUAAGUAAGAUGUUAAGAGAUAUUGACCUUGGCAUGGAAGAGAGACCAAGAAAGACAUUAUUUAUUUAUGAGUGGGGGUGAAUUAUAUUUCAAAAGGACACGGGGACUUAACCUUUUCAGUCCCACCAUCUAUAUAUAGCUUUAUUUCUAAAUGCAUUUUGUAAAGAAAAAUGUUAUUUAAUACCAAAGCAAAAGUCAAGUUCCUCUGUCAAUAUCCACAUCUCUGUCUAUAAAUGCACAUGGACAUGUUUAAAUAAGCACCUUUUUGUAGCAUGAUACCAUUUCUCUAAAGAGAGGGGCCAGGACAAUAAGAUUGGGGUUGGCGGAAAAUAUUCUAAAGACAAUGGGAUUUAGGAGACCAGAAGAAAAGUCCCGCCUGUUUCAGUGCUCUUCUCCUAAAGAGAUGAUGUUGAUGACUUUAAAGUGUUUGUCCAGCCAUUGUGAUGGGACAAUGUGGUGGGAGUCGUGUUUGAGUUAUUUGGAACUGACCAAAGAGGACAUUUCGCUCAUCCGUCAUCUACUGAGUCUACUUACAAAUCAUACUUUGUGCACUUUUCAUGUUAAAGAUUUCAUAGACAUUGUUUAUGAUACGUGGGAUAGUUUUGGGAAGUAAACAUGU